CAGCUAACAUCAUUGGAGACAAAAAUACUGUGUUUUUUGUUGUCAGUCCAUACUUUUGUUGCCUUCCAACAGCACCUCGCAAUCUCCAUCGCCAUGGAAGGAGCAAGCUCAGCUUCCAUCAGGUGGGCUUUGCUCUGCACACUCCUCUGCUUAUCCCUCAGCCUCUCACAUUGCAAUGUUACUUACGACGGGAGGUCACUCAUCAUCGACGGCCACCGGAGAAUCCUUUUCUCUGGCUCCAUUCACUACCCAAGAAGCACUCCUCAAAUGUGGGAAGGCCUCGUUCGGAAGGCGAAGGAUGGCGGAUUGGACGUUAUCGACACAUACGUGUUUUGGAAUGUUCAUGAGCCGUCUCCUGGAAAUUAUAACUUUGAAGGAAGAUAUGAUGUGGUUCGGUUCAUCAAGACCGUCAGAGAUGCUGGGAUGUACGUACAUCUUCGUAUUGGGCCUUACAUUUGCGGGGAGUGGAAUUUUGGAGGAUUUCCCGUAUGGUUGAAGUUUGUUCCGGGCAUUAGCUUCAGGACGGAUAAUGAGCCUUUCAAGCUGGCUAUGAAAAAAUUCACUCAGAAAAUCGUUCAAAUGAUGAAAGUUGAACACUUGUUUCAGUCUCAAGGAGGUCCCAUAAUCCUUUCACAGAUUGAGAAUGAAUAUGAGCCCGUCAAGAAGAUAUUCGGGGAAGCGGGAAAAGCUUAUAUGAAUUGGGUUGCGAAUAUAGCAGUUGGAAUGGGGACCGGCGUCCCCUGGGUUAUGUGCAAAGAAGAUGAUGCCCCUGACCCAGUGAUAAACACAUGUAACGGUUUCUACUGCGAUUACUUCUCCCCCAACAAACCUUAUAAACCAACAAUGUGGACCGAGGCCUGGACUGGGUGGUUUACGGAUUUCGGGGGCCCGCUCUACAAGCGGCCAGUUGAGGAUUUGGCAUUUUCAGUUGCCCGCUUCAUUCAGAAAGGAGGCUCUUUUGUCAACUACUACAUGUACCAUGGAGGUACCAAUUUCGGUAGAACUGCAGGAGGACCCUUCAUCAUCACGAGCUACGACUAUGAUGCUCCCAUCGAUGAAUAUGGCUUGAUCAGGCAGCCCAAGUACGGACACUUGAAGGACCUACACAGUGCUAUGAAGCUAUGCGAGCGAGCUCUCCUCAAUGCAAAUCCUGUUGUUGAGCCCCUAGGAAACUACGAACAGGCUCAUGUAUUUUCAUCAACCUCGGGGGGCUGUGCGGCUUUCCUCUCCAAUUACCGUACAAAUUCCAACGUAAGGGUGACUUUCCGAAAUAGGCACUACGACUUGCCGCCUUGGUCUAUAAGCAUUCUUCCUGAUUGCGUUAACGAAGCCUUCAACACUGCAAAGGUGAGAGUCGGGACCAUGGAGUUCCAAUUUUUGCCCCUGAAAACGGGAUUGAAACCGUGGGAAUCUUUUAACGAGGGCGUAUCGUUCGUUGAAGAAGAUUCAAAAAUAUCAGUAGCUGGCCUGCUGGAGCAGCUAAACAUGACCAGAGAUGCUACAGACUAUCUCUGGUAUACUACUAGUGUUGAUAUCAGUCCAUCCGAGUCAUUUGGGGGCAGAAGCCCUCUUCUUAGAGUUCAGUCGGCAGGUCAUGCCAUGCACGUCUUCAUUAACGGGCAAUUAUCAGGUUCCGCCUUUGGCACACGGGAGAAAAGGAGAUUCAACUUUGCCGGAAACAUCAAUUUACGUGUUGGAACCAAUCGGAUUUCACUGCUCAGUGUUGCGGUUGGAUUGCAGAACCAAGGUUCCCACUUUGAGUCUUGGAGCACGGGCAUAGCAGGACCAGUCACAUUAGAAGGCCUGGAUCGAGGGACGAGAGACUUGUCAUGGCAGAAAUGGUCUUACAAGGUUGGCCUUAAGGGAGAAUACAUGAAUCUACACUUACCAGAUUCCUCUCAAUCGGGUAGUUGGAUGCACGAGUCCUCCAUAAUGCAGAAACAGCAACCUCUAACUUGGUACAAGACUUAUUUCGAUGCACCAGAGGAGGAUGAGCCAUUGGCCUUGGACAUGGGAAGCAUGGGGAAAGGUCAGGUGUGGAUCAAUGGGCAGAGCAUUGGAAGGUACUGGACUGCCUUAGCUAAGGGAGAAUGCGGCGGUUGCAGCUACUCUGGCACUUAUCGUCCUGUGAGAUGUCAAUCGCGAUGCGGGCACCCAACUCAACAAUGGUACCACGUGCCACGCUCUUGGCUGAAGCCGACCGACAACCUUCUCGUUGUGUUCGAAGAAAUAGGCGGGGAUGCAUUGAGGAUCAGUCUAAUGAAAAGAUCAGUUUCCGCUGCCUAAGUUAUGAAAAGUAAGAUUGGAAAUACCUUAUUGUGUAUUAUCAAUGCUUCCGGGUAAUAUAGUUCGUCACACCGAGUAGAGCUCUAAA